GACAACGGGGAGUUCGCGUCAGAACGCUCUGCUCACAGCUUCAUCCCAAAUGAUGGUUUUCACACCGAAUAUACAGAUGAUUUGAAGAACGAUAACUCGGACUUGUCCAAACGUCAACAACCUAGCUCUUCAUUUUGCUCUCCACUGAAAUAUCAUCUCGCUAAUCAGAUCUAAAGAACCACGUCCCUUUGUUAGUAUACGCCCCCGCUCAUUCUUCUCGAGGAAGGACUGCAGCGUCCACUCAGAUUCCUCACAGACUUCAGUAGCUAGAGCCAAGAGAAGCAUCGAUCACAAACUCCGACCGAAGUAGUUCGUGUACGGUCCGGCGACGCCGAUGGUUGAUCUCCUACCUCGAGUACUAACAGAUGCCAGCUUCAAGAAUAUCCAGAGAAACCAUGGAUGUGAUGCUCCAUUUGGAUGCAGUUGCACGUUCCAUACCGGAGCCUGUCUUCCCGCCUGAGGAUCUAAACUCACACGUAUCGGGUAUUCUUCGUGCUACACGACCUCUCUUGGAUACCGACCAUGACUGGAUAUUCCCCAAUAUCGAGGUCCUCCAACAGCAGAUCUCGGUAUACGACACGUUGCUAGACCGCAUCGAUGAAAUCAGAUCGGGAGUACAAAGCCGUCGCGAUGCAGUUAAGAAGUCGUUAGCAGCGUAUGCGUCGACGCUAGCGCCCAUCCGAUGUCUUCCCAGCGACGUUCUUCGAUCUGUGUUUCGCGAGAUACAGAUCUCGCAAUGGCGGGACACUAGCCCACUAAUACUAUUGGGGCCCAAGAAAGUUCGCCGGGUAUUAGAUUUUUCACAGGGUCCGUGGACACUCAGUCAUGUAUGCAGUGCUUGGAGGGAUAUCGUUUUAUCCCAUCCCCGCCUCUGGUCGCAUAUUGUACUUCACUUUCGGGGGUCCCUUCGUUUGCCCGAGCGGCGUUCCUCCUCUUGUACGAUCGACGCACUAAAAGCCAUGAUUCAUCUUUCUAAACAGCAUCCUCUCCACAUAGUAUUCGAACUCGAUCGCGAUGGUGAUGAGGAUUUGGCUGUCCGAGCUCUUUCCGUGAUUCUCAAGGAGUCAUGCCGGUGGAGGACCUUGCAGCUCCGUACUUUCCCGCAUUUUUUGGAGCUAUUCAAGGUAGUUCGCGGAAAGAUUCCUUUUCUCGAGUGUUGCGCUUUGCAUGCUAUAGAGAUGCCGGGAAGUGGCAGAGCGGCGGACGUGCCUGAAGAUACCCAAUGUCUCUUCGCUGAUUCCCCUCGUCUUCAAAGGGCGAUUUUACGCGGCGCCUACCGUCUCGGGGAUUUCACAUUUCCUCCUCACAUCACCCAUCUCGCUACAUCUGCGAACAAUGCUUCUAAUCUUGGAAUUUAUCGGUCUCUCGUAGAAUGCCAUCUCGACGUAGAUCAAAGAGACAAUCGGGACAUUUCCCUCCCUCUUAAGAUUCACCUUCCCAACGUCCAACGCCUUUUUGUGACAUCACUACGAAUACUGGCGCAUCUGUCCCUACCUUCCUUGAAUAAUCUCACAGUCUAUCAUACCAACACACACAUUGAUGCAAACACCCGCGAUGUCCAGAUCGUGAACGAUUUCAUCCGACGCUCUCGAUGUUCCCUUUCCAAGUUAGUCUUCCGUUCAUCAAACAUUGACGAUCAGAUCUUUAUCCGAGAGUCACUCUUAUUCAUGGACACUUUGGUGUUCUUAGAAAUAAUGUUCCUUUGGAUCGGGGCUACCUUCGAUGCCCUUACUCCUGUUGGAUUCCUCCCAAAUUUGCAGCAUCUACGGCUAUUCUGUUACGAUAUACCUUCAUCCCAAGAUACCCUCAUCGCAAUGAUCUCUUCGCAUAGCCAAAAUCUUCGUUCGGUCAAAAUUUACUGUUGCGAUCCUGAGGAUGCGGAUAACAUCAGUCGACAUAUAGCACCACUACAGAAACCUGGACAACACUUUAUUAUUACACACGGACCACGCGACGAAACUUCUGGAUUGCAGUUCGGAAAGUUCACUCAUUCCGAUUUAGAUGCUCCGGUUGACCAGUGA